GAAGAACGGAUUUGAUUGUCAAAACCACAACAACCAAAAAACUGAUGACUUUCUGUUUUUCGCGUUUCCGGAACUUCGUUUCUCAACUCCGGAACAAAGCAUUAGCGGACGAAAAAUUAACAUCAAGCAAAGGUUGAGCGAUCUCUCUUGAUUUUCAAUCAAUUUUCACAGCAUCUAGUCGAUCGCGGAGUUUUGCUGGGAAGACGCAAAGGUUCACAAUUAUUUUUCUGUCAAACGAGAAACAAUCAAAAGGUUCUCUACCGUACGCAGUUCAAUUUGAAGUAGAUCUAGUAAGGUGAGUCGCAAAAGAUAAACCAUGGCUUUGUUUUCUGGAACAUGCACACGCUCACACGAAGCUUUGUAUCUUGCUUCAUUAAAUUCUAUUGCGAUUGCCUUGGUUGGAUUACACUAACAAAUCCUUACCGGCCGUGCCAGAACAAGAACAUGACCGACGCUGAGACCCAAGAUCCACCCCAGGAACCGGCCUCGACCGAAGAGCAACCCAAACAAAUGGCCGUGAUUGGUCGCGGUGAGUCGAUCAUCACCAAGACACACCCCAAAGCUGACGUAGAGGCAGAGAACAGCGAAGAGCUCGCGAAGCACGAGGCGGAAGAAAUCGAAGGCAUCAAGGAAUCCCAGGGAUAUUGGUUCCCCAAAAUCAAGCUGAGCGCUUGGGUAAGUGGGAUACGGUGUCGUCCAUUGCGUUCAUCACAAAAUUGUCGACCGUCGAAGCCGAAGUCGACCUAUUCUCUAUAGUAUUCUCCAUAAAAUGCCGUCUCGUCUUCUAACCUUCUGCGUUCCAUUUCGACAAACUCACCUAUGCGCACAGGAUCCCGAAAACGAGAAACAAUGGGAGGCUACCGGUCAAUUCAUCGCGAAACGCAACCUCCUUGCAUCGAUUCCCAACCUCACCUGCGGUUUUGGAGUCUGGUUGGUCUGGUCCGGUAAGUUGUUCUUGUCAUGUCCUGUUUCUCGUCUCGUGUUUCCCGAUUGUGGGUUGUUUUAUGUACGAGUAUUAUUAUCGUUUACGUUUCGACUCAAAAUCAACGAAUUCCUCGUUUCAAAAUUUCCUACGCCGACGCCAACAUAAAGUGAUUGCAACGAAGAUUCAAAAAAUGCACGACGCAGAUCCUAAUGUCUACCAAUUUGAAGAUUGGGGUUCACCGCAAGGACAAGCCGUAAGUCAGAUGAGUGGACACAAAUUGCCUUGCUCCAAUUCCACAUUUUUCCGUCCAAGUAAAAACUUACUCUAUACAUGUUUUCGAUUUUCUUUAUCUGUUUCAAUCAAUGCGAUUCCAAUCGGUUUUAAUUCUACUACAAACCUGCCUUUUCUCUAAUUGAAGUACCGUUCCGUCCUUUUCCUUCUCCCCGGUGUCGCUGGCUUGUCCGGAGGUACCCUCCGCAUCCCCAACAGUUUCCUCACUCAAGUUUCUGGAGGAAGGAAUGUCGUGUACUCCACGUCGCUGCUACUCUGUAUUCCGAUGAUCAUUGCGGGAAUCACUCUUUCCAAUUCCGAUACCAGUUUCAACGUACUGCUAGCUGCUGCGUUACUCUCCGGUGUUGGUGGUGGAGCAUUUGCAUCCAGCAUGAGUAACAUCAGUUUCUUCUACCCAAAGCGUCUUCAAGGAAUGGCACUCGGUUACAACGGAGGUAUUGGUAACUUGGGUGUCUCCAUCACUCAGUUGCUAGCUCCAAUCUUCAUGUCUAUUGGCUCUGUCGCUGUCGCACCAUCCGGGAUUAGUGGAUGGCCAGCGAACGCUGGAUGGCUAUGGUUCCCUCUUUGUGCCACCUCGUCUAUUUUAGCCUUCUUCUUCAUGUCCAACCAACCUCAUCACGGAGAAAAAACAAACCUUCGCAGUCUCGUGAACUUUUACUGGAUGGAAUGUGUCGGAUUCCUCUCAAGUUUCAUUGGCGUUAUUACUCUGGUCAUGACUCGUAACUCAAAACUCGUCAAGUCGCCGGGUGGCCAAGUUGCGCACAAAUUUCUUCUCGUCCUCCUAACUCUCUCCUGCCAGCAUUUGUUCAUGUUGGCAUCUCCAAAGAAGGCGAGAGAUAGAGUCAUCAAGCAGGCUGUUAUCUUCAAACGCAAACACAAUUAUAUCAUGACCUGGCUCUACAUCAUGUGUUUCGGUUCCUUUAUCGGAUACAGUGGAUCUUUCCCAAAAUUGAUCGUCGAUCUGUUUGGCUACCUAUCAGGAGAUGGAUGCGUCAUGGACAAAAUUUUCACUCUCGGUGGCGAUCAGGAGACUUGCGAGGCAAGUGGUGGAACUUGGGAAACCAACUACGACUAUCCAAAUCCUAAUGCCCCCAAUGGCUCUCAUGUCGCAUGGCUUGGUGCCUUCGUUGGCUCACUGAUCCGUCCCGUCGGAGGAAUCAUGUCAGACAAGUUUGGAGGAGCUAAGAUGACCAUGGUCGCCAUCAUCUGGUGUACUAUCGCUGCCUUCGCCCAGGGAUAUCUUGUUCAAGUAUGCCAAGGAAUGGACGACCCCACUAAAUACUAUGGGUGGUUUAUUUUCUUGUUCCUGAAUCUAUUCCUUUGCACCGGCUUCAUGAACGGAAGUACAUUCCGAACCAUCGGAGUUCUUUUCCCUCCUGAGGAAUCCGGAACCGUUCUUGGUUGGUCGUCAGCCAUUGCUUCGUACGGUGCGUUCAUCAUCCCAACGAUGUUUUCUAUCGCCCUCAAGGCCGGAGCCCCACAGGUCACCUUCUAUGGCCUCGGUGGAUACUACAUCACUUGUGGAUUGCUUAACUUCUAUUACUACCUCCGUCCAGGAUGUGAAAAACCUGGCGUCUAAAACAACUGAAAUCAUAUUGUUUUUCAUUCGCAAUUUUGUGCGAACGUCAUGAAACAACAUCUACGUAUACAUAAUUGAAACUUUCACGUGGUUACAGCUCGCACCAAAUGGAAUUUCGAACUUCGUUGUCGAAUAAUAUAGUGUUCAGAGUAGCAUGGAAUCACACUCUGUUACAGUAUCCACGUCAAUACUUUCUGUGCCUUUUCUUCAUUGGAAGACCUUCUUCCUCCGUCUUCAGCGCGAAGGGAGAUAGAUUUUUCUGUAAAGUAAUCUAGAUCAAUUUCACUAUC